CAGAUAAGCAUCGUGAUAGGAUACGGGGGAAUGAAGGACUCCAUCCACCGCUACCAGUCCAUAAGGGCUAUGAGGACCAGGCUGUCCACGUUCCUCCCAUGCGUUGUCCAAUGGAGGGGCCGAGGGACCUCUUUGUGACAGUCUGGGCUCAAGCGCCCCGGCGCUUGAUCAACGGGCACAGCAUCGGCCUGAGACUGUCGUUGGUUUGUUUGAGAAGAUCUCGUUUCGUCCAAUCUACUGGAAAUUAAAUUGCGACACAUAGCCAACCCGUGUCUGAUUAGAUCGAUCCAUAACUCUGCGACAAUCUCCACUUGCGUCCAAACCCUCUUCAUCCUUGAACCCUCCUUUUCCUUUUAUCAUGGACUGACUGGCUCUUUUCCUUCUUUCGUGUGCUGUUUCACCAUUCAGGGCCUUCUGGAAGGCUGUCCGUUCCUUUUAUUAUUGUUAUUAUUACCUUCGUUUCCGAUGCUGAGAUAGAGUCUCAUGUCAGCUUACCUUCACACACUAUCACUCGUUUAGUUUCUUUAUCUGAAUUCAAUUCUUUGUCUGGAUCCAUCAGCUCUCACUAUCACUAAAAUUCAGCAUCGCUGAGCCGCAAAAUCGCGCAAAUGGCCAGAGGUCUCUUUCUGGGGAAACCCCGUGCCCCACGGGAAACAGACAUUUCCAAUCCCAUCUUUAAGCAUACAGACGCAGCACCACGAAAUGACCUCAAGGCCUUGAAAAAUGGUAGCACAACGCACCAUCGGCCGAUCAAGCAGGCCCAUUACGACACCCAGCGCCCCCGGACAUCAGUCGCAUGUCAACAGGACAGCAAGGUAGAGGUACCCGGGCCUGGGUUCGAUUUUCGCAUAGCGGUGCCUGCAGCUGAAGCGAUAAAAUCGCCGACAAACAGCGAAAAUGGCUCGGAAGAAAACAUGAUCGGGAUCGCUCUAGGUAGUCCCCGCUUGGUGGAUCCACAGAACACCUUCUCCCAGAUGCAAGAGAAAGCGCUGGAAUCUGCGCGCGAACGCCCCAAAGCAGCCCCGCAGAUUCAGCGCAAGCCGAGCAAGUGGAGGAAAAUCGGCGGCUUGUUCAAGGCGAAGAAUGCUGUUGCGUCGGGUGCAAGUCAGCCUUUUUACCAGGUCCAGGUUCAGGGUAGUCAGGCGCCUCUUGCGCAGGGCUCUUCGCAUUCCAUCGACUAUCAGACUCGCGAGGCGAAAUCUAACCAUGUCAUGAAUACAGAGGCAUGGCCGUGUCUUGAGCCGGAGGUCAAGGCCGAAGAGAAGCAGCAAAAUAUCAGUGUCGCACAGGUGCAAGCUCAGGAUGGACAACAGCCUGCGGAGUCGAAGUCGGGACCUCUACUGCAGGUCGAUAUCCCCAGUGUUGAGAUGGAAAGAUACAGCGUCAUGUUCAGCGCUCUACUCAAGCAAAACGAACCUUCCCCGUUGAACAGACGCAGCAAAACCCUGGAAAAUAUGAGCGCUCCCAACGCUGAGGUAAAAUAUUCAACAUCCCCUGCGAUAUACGUCACCUACCAAAUACUAAACCCACACCAGGCAUCACCGCCAUCGCCAGAUCUGCCCCCACCCCGACGAAGGGCCACCUCGCCUACACGCUCAAACUCCCCCAGACUCUCACUAUUCCCAGCAACACACAAGAGCAAAGCUUCCAAGGUGCUAGGCACGCAAUGCCUCCCACGAGGCCCCAGUCCCUUGCUCCGAAACCAAGUAUCCAGAGCAGAGUCACCACAGGAAGACUUGCCCAAUGAACAAGAUCACAUUCUCCUCAUGGUUCGCAGCGACGCAAGAAGCUUCCAUAAGCCCCAAGACUCAGUAUCCUCAUUCAUCUCAAGCACAACCAUCAACUCAGAAGACGAAAAAUUCCUCCUGCAAAAGCUCAAGCCAGUCCAAACCUACGUCGACCCCAAAGGCGAGCCAGAAUGGGAGAUCAUCAACAAGCGGAAACAAUCCGCAGACGAAAUAAAAUCGCAGAAGUCAACCCCAGCGCUCUCGCUCAAUACGCAAGAACUACAGCCCGAGCCAGCGAACAGUGAGUCGACGGCAUCGUCUCCGAUCCUCUCACCUCUUGCCGCCGUCCAACAAAGAUUCUCUCCGUUAUCUCCGUCGGAUAGUAAUAAAUCUGCUGUCUCACCAGCAGAGACCAUCCGCAUGCCUCUCGCCAACGAAACCAAGACCGAAGAAGGCGACAAGACGACGGAUGAACAUGAACCCGCAGAUCCCAGCCCGCAAGAGGAACCGGAGUCAGAAGCCGAACAGGAACACGACGAACAAGAACCAGAGCCGGCCGAUCCCCUCCCGACCAUCGAGAUCUCCAUCGCAAGAUCUGUCUCCGUCUCAAAGAGAAAGCAAGUCUUGGUCCCCGUGGGACGGCGGCCAGACCGUCUCCCUCCCCGAGCUAGAACCCCCCAAAUGGUGAAUGGGCAGCAUGGUCAUCGACAUGGCAAUUCUCAGGAUGCUCGUAUUGAAAGUGUAUGAUGUACUUGGGUUUGAUACUUGCUGCUUUUCUCUCUCUUGGAGAUCCUGUCGCAUCUGGCGCCGGAGUAGCGACUGAUUUUGGCCUUCCCAUUUUCACGACCUUUUUGUUCUAUAUCUCUCUGCCUUGGAAACUAGCAUUGGGACUGAUGGGGUUUGUUUUUCUUUUCUUUUCCUUUCCGGUUUACACUGGGCAUAUUCGUUGUGUCAUUGACGGCGAUUUGCGUUUCCAUCCAUUCCUUUGAACAGAACUUCACGUUCAGUCUUUCUUUUCUCACUUCAUGACUUCUUCUUCUUCUUCUUUUUUUUUUUUUUUUGGCGGCGCCGAAAGCGAAAGCCGGAUCUUCUUUUGCAUUUCUUCUCAUGAGAGC